CCAUGAAAGUCCACUCUUUGAUUUCAUUGAGAGCUGCUUGCGAAAUAAGCACGAAAUGGUUAUUUAUGAAGCUGCUUCUGCUAUCAUCCAUCUUCCCAACUGUACUGCAAGAGAGCUGGCACCUGCUGUCUCAGUUCUUCAACUUUUCUGUAGCUCUCCCAAGCCAGCCUUGAGAUAUGCAGCAGUGAGGACCUUGAACAAGGUGGCAAUGAAACACCCAUCGGCUGUUACUGCCUGCAACCUGGACUUAGAAAACCUGAUCACAGACUCAAACAGAAGCAUUGCUACCCUGGCCAUCACUACACUGCUCAAAACAGGAAGUGAGAGCAGCGUGGACAGGCUCAUGAAGCAGAUAUCUUCUUUUGUGUCUGAAAUCUCAGAUGAGUUCAAGGUGGUGGUUGUACAAGCGAUUAGUGCUCUCUGUCAGAAAUACCCUCGAAAGCACAGCGUCAUGAUGACUUUUCUCUCCAACAUGCUUCGAGAUGAUGGAGGUUUUGAAUACAAAAGGGCCAUUGUGGAUUGCAUAAUCAGCAUUGUGGAAGAGAACCCUGAGAGUAAAGAAGCGGGUCUGGCCCACCUGUGUGAAUUCAUUGAGGACUGUGAACACACUGUUCUGGCUACUAAGAUUCUACACCUACUGGGCAAAGAGGGACCAAGAACCCCGGUGCCCUCUAAGUAUAUUCGCUUCAUUUUUAAUAGGGUAGUUCUGGAGAAUGAGGCUGUCAGAGCUGCUGCUGUGAGUGCUUUGGCUAAGUUUGGGGCUCAGAAUGAGAGUCUUCUCCCAAGCAUCCUUGUACUUUUACAAAGAUGUAUGAUGGAUACUGAUGAUGAGGUCCGGGACCGAGCUACCUUCUACCUGAAUGUGCUGCAACAGAGACAAAUGGCCCUGAAUGCCACAUACAUCUUCAAUGGUCUGACAGUUUCUAUAGCAGGCAUGGAAAAGGCCUUAUACCAAUAUACUUUGGAGCCUUCAGAAAAACCCUUUGACUUGAAGUCGAUUCCUCUUGCUAUGGCUCCUCUCUUUGAACAGAAGUCAGAAAUCACACUUGUGGCUCCUAAGCCAGAGAAGUUGGCGCCUUCCAGGCAAGAUAUUUUCCAAGAACAACUGGCUGCCAUUCCUGAGUUUAUGAAUCUAGGACCCUUGUUCAAGUCUUCUGAGCCUGUUCAGCUUACAGAAGCAGAGACAGAAUAUUUUGUUCGUUGUAUCAAGCAUAUGUUUACCAACCAUAUUGUAUUCCAGUUUGACUGUACCAACACUCUAAAUGACCAACUGCUAGAGAAAGUGACGGUGCAGAUGGAACCAUCAGAUUCCUAUGAGGUGCUGUGUUGCAUCCCAGCCCCCAGCCUCACUUAUAAUCAACCAGGAAUAUGUUACACACUUGUUCGUUUGCCUGAUGAGGAUCCUACAGCAGUUGCAAGCACCUUUAGCUGUACCAUGAAAUUUACAGUCCGGGACUGUGACCCUAACACUGGAGUUCCGGAUGAAGAUGGGUAUGAUGAUGAAUAUGUGCUAGAAGAUCUUGAAGUGACUGUGUCCGACCAUAUCCAGAAGGUACUGAAACCUAACUUUGCUGCUGCCUGGGAAGAGGUGGGAGAUACCUUUGAGAAAGAAGAAACGUUUGCUCUCAGCUCUACCAAAACCCUUGAAGAAGCUGUCAACAACAUCAUCACAUUUCUGGGCAUGCAGCCAUGUGAGAGGUCAGAUAAAGUACCUGAGAAUAAGAAUUCCCACUCACUCUAUCUGGCAGGUGUAUACAGAGGCGGCUAUGACUUACUGGUGAGGUCCAGACUGGCCUUAGCAGAUGGAGUGACCAUGCAGGUGACAGUCAGAAGCAAAGAGAGAACACCUGUUGAUGUUAUUUUGGCUUCUGUGGGAUAAGUUCUUACUGGGAAAGAUGAAAUGGAUGUACCUACCCUUCCCUGUCAUUGAGCUUUUAGGCUAGUGGCAUGAAUGUCCCAGAAUCCCACUUAAAGAUUAAUGACUUUGAAGAAGCAAAUCCAGUGUUUGGCCCUAAGCCAGCAGAUCAAGCAAACAUCUGUCCUUGUGCAUGGGUCUCCAUGUUUGGUUUUUCCUUUUUCAUUGUCUCUCAUGUGCAGCUUUGGUAUGACAGUGCAGCUUUGAGUGGUCUUGAAAAUCAGAUACUAUGCUAUACUACAGCUGCUUAGCUUCAUUAUAGUCUUCUAUUUAUGUGUGAAAACGUUUGGCAAUGUUGGAAAAUUUUAUCUCAGAGGGGUGGAGGGGGAGGGGAAGCCAGAAUCCAUUUUUGUCACAAUUCAUUUUUAUUAAUAGAAAAUAAACACUUAUUCCAGUUUCAAAAUUUCUA